CCGAACCGAACAAAAACACAACAUAACCUAAAUUUGUUACACACAACCACUUACUUAUCAUUAUGUUAAACUAUUUCAUAGAUAGUGAUUAGUUCGUGUUGAUAGAGAAAUUUUAUGUUUUAGAAAGUCAAUAAUUACAAUGGGUGAUAAUCCAUUUGGGGAUAGAGGAAGAGACACUAGAAAGAAAAAGUUUUUCCCUUCAAACAGGGAAAAAGAUGAAAGAAACUAUGGGACAAGAAAAUUAACGGUUAUAUUAACCAAACCAGAUGGCGAGAAAGAUAGAGAAGGGAAAAGCUUCAAGGGUAGACCUCAAGAUAAUGCAGAAAAACCACUUUCCCAGCCAACCAUCAUCCUUCGUAAUCCUGGAGGAGACAAUCGAGCUGUGUCUCCUAGCCAGAGGACUGCAAGAGCCAAAAAGGAAAGUGAAACAUCGGCUCCUACAUACCACAUUGCUGCAAAACAUUCCAAUUCAGAAAGUACCAAUGCUCUGGCACUACCUGUGGAGAUGAAGUCAUCAGUUAAGCUGAUCGAUGACCAGUUCCAAAUAUUGGACACUUGUGUUGAGUACCUCACCGAUCAGACAGACUUCCUAGUGGUGGGCUGUAUCGGACUGCAGGGGGUGGGCAAGUCCACCCUCAUGUCCCACCUUGCUGGGUCUUCCCCUAACCAACUCUUGAACACAGUUUUUAAAAGCCAGACAAUGGAAAACCAACGGGAAUGGAAACAUUGCACCUCUGGCGUGGACUUUUACAUCACCCCCAACAGAGUGGUGCUACUGGACUGUCAGCCCAUCUUGUCCUCGUCCGUGAUGGACUGUCUGAUACAGGAUCCAAAGAAGAUUGUACCUCCGACACAUAACUCUGUAGAUUUAUCAUCAACCGAGAAUGCUAUGGAGGUCCAGUCUCUGCAGGUGACUGCAUUCCUCAUGUCCGUGUGCCAUGUGGUGCUGCUGGUUCAGGACUGGUUCUACAAUCCCAACAUUGUCAGGUUCAUGCAGACUGCGGCUAUGCUGAAACCUCGCACUAACACCACUGCAGACGAAGGCCUGGUAGAGUACUUUCCUCACCUUAUGUUUGUCCACACGCACGCCCACAACUCCGAUUUUUCCGUCGAGAGAGUCAAACUUAUGCAGGAUGUUUACAAGCAAUCGUUUGGCAAGUCCUUGCUUCAGCUGCACAGUGGCCUGGGGAUUGCUAAUGGGGGUGUGAUGCACACGCUCUCCCCAUUCACUCUGGAUCAGGAGCCCCUCAACCUUUUCCUGCUGCCUCCACUGGUGGACCAAGAUGUGAAGGGCCAUUUUCAAGGACAUCCAGGAUAUGAAGAUCUUCUCAGAAAAAUGAAACAACAGUUGCAGGGAAUUGGUACAUGUCAGUUGUCAACAUCCCAACUUUCAGAGAAAAACUGGUUUCACUAUGCCUCAAAGGUUUGGGAAGGCAUUAAAAAGAGCACAUUCUUUCAAGAAUACAGUCGUCUGUUACCGUGAAACGCAGGUGUCAGUAACAUUGUGGUCAGCUGAUCGUUCAAAGCAGAUGGAAGCAAAAAGGAAGCUUUCCCUUUGUUGAAGAUGAGAAACUGCUUUCAGGUCCAAGCUGCUAUUGGAAACCAUACCAAUGGGUUUGACAGAAGUUUGUAUGUUUAAAGUUAUAUCUGGUUAAACAUUUCACUUAUUAUUCUGUAUGAUCCAAAAACGAGAAAGUGUAUGUUUUGUUCCUUAAUUUUAAACAUUUUAGAAACAGUGUAUUUUAAAUUCAAAUACAAAAACCACAUCAAGUUUUUUAAUCA